AUGUCAACCACUAUAUACACAACUCAGCCUGGUGCUCAGUACGGAUACCCACAACCGCCUCCGUCGCCCCCAGUGGACGAAACCUCGAGAUGCUCAUUGCCUUCCAUCUCUAAUUUGUUGGUAAUGGCGGACGCCGGAUCGCCGACGACAGAGAGCUCGCCAGCGUCGCAGCAACAAGCACAAUCAACCAAGUCAGAGACAAGACCAAACUCUUCUCACUAUGCGAGCAACGGCCCCAACCGGUCAGCUCUGCCGCCCACACCACCAAUGAGCUCCGACGCUUCUUUCGAGGGAGGAUAUAAUUCGCCAUCGAUGAAGUCGGUGAGCCAAACGUCGGCAGCUUCUGCACCAAGCUACUACUACGAGUCAACGCCGCCGUUGGAGAACGAUGUGCAGCGUCAGCAAAUGGCCACCCCGCGAGUCUACCCUCAACAGACUUACCCAGCUGCUUCGUACAUCAGCCAGCCUCCCAUGGCCUCCUACUACCCCCCGCCUAUGCAGCCCUCCCCGGCGCAAUCGCAAAUCUCUGGGUUGUACUUCCAGAGACCUUUGCCUCAGGCAUUCCCGCCUCUUCCCAUGACGGUAUCUAUGGGCCCGUCUGGCGCCAACCCGUGGCAACACCACCAUUAUAUCUCCCCAUCAUCGGCAGCCUCGUUCCCGCAGUCGCAAGACCGUUACAUCUGCCAGACUUGCAACAAGGCUUUCUCGAGACCCAGCUCUCUGCGGAUCCAUAGCCACUCCCACACUGGCGAGAAGCCGUUCAAGUGCCCUCACUCUGGAUGUGGCAAGGCGUUCAGUGUACGAAGCAACAUGAAAAGACACGAACGUGGCUGCCACAACUUUGAGUCGGUCAGCUCUUCGUUGCACUGA